GAGUUGAGAAACAUUUUCGUUUUCGGAUUUAACAAGUAGGAGGCAAGAUGGUGCCAGAGGGGGAAAGGCCAGCACCGACGGGGGAAGCAGCGGUUUCAGGAGAAAGAGGAUCACGCGCGAAAGAAGUGGACACACGGAAGCGAUCUCCUGACCAAUGGGUGUCGCUCCUAUUCAGAUUCCUUCAGCUGGCCUCAUCCGUCAUAUCCUUCGUGGUUCUGCUGACGGCUGGCCACCUGGACCUCACCUUCAGAAGGUACCAGGCGUUCCGCUAUCUCCUGGCAGGUAUGGUCAUCACAGCUGCGUGGUCGCUCCUCAUGCUGCUGGUCGAGCUCCUGCAGCUUGCCAUGGGGCGCAAACUCAGGUCUCUCAUUUGGCGCGGGCUCGUCUACCUCAUGGACAUUCUCAUGGCCUUGGUUGCCCUCAGUGCUGGAGCUGCUGCAGCAGCAGUGACCACCUUUAAUGAUCGUGGGAUUGUGUUAUUCAACUAUGCUCCAUGUGUGGGGCCAUCCCCAUAUUCUAGGUUUUGCUCACGAACCAAGGCUAGCACAGCAUUCGCAUUCAUCACAUUCUUUUUCUUCAUUCCUCACAUCUUGCUGUCUGCCAUCUCUUAUUUCAUUCGUUUCUUUGAAGGUUAGCAAGAGAAGAUGAAAUUUGUCUAGAAUUUUCAUUACGUAUAUGAAUAAAGUGGGGAUUUCGUC